UUUAAAAAACGUUUAAUUUGCAAUGGUUGUUACCAUUGGAAAUGCAGCUAUUACAUGAACGUACAGACUGUGGCUGCAAACCAAUGUACCCAAUUUGUGCAAAGUAUGCAAUAAUUACCAAUAGAAUAGACAUUAAUCUAGAAAUUAACAGAUAACCUUCUGACUAGACUGCAGCUGAUUGCGAAUCAUAAAAAAGUUGGGAAAGUUCAUUCAAAUGUUAAUUGUCGAUUGUCCACAGCAGAGAAAUGUCUCUUUCGCUGCCGUUGCUCAUUGCUGCCGUGUGCAUCGUCGUAGCGUUGACCGGGAUUAGUUGGCUGCCAUUGAGUCUGUGGCUGCGCAAGCGCCGCCGAACCCAUGAACUAGCUGCCCGGCUGCCCGGACCACGCAAUCUGCCGUUGCUUGGACAUUUUCAUAUGUUUUUCGGCUUGGAGCCUUGGCAGGUGCCGCAGCUAAUUGGCCAGCUGGGAGAGCAAUAUGAUGGCACCUUCAAGCUCAAAAUGGGUAGCAACUUUAGUCUGAUGAUGUUCCAGCCACGCGACAUUGAAGUUGUUCUAGGCAGCAGCCAGCUGCUGGACAAGGCCAUCGAGUACAGUUUCCUACGCGGCUGGCUUAACGAUGGCCUGCUCCUGAGUAGCGGUCACAAAUGGCAUCGCCGUCGCAAAAUCAUCACGCCCUCCUUCCACUUUCGAAUCCUCGAUCCUUAUGUGGAGAUCUUUGAUAGGCAGACUCGACUGCUGAUUCAUAAAUGGCAGCAGACCCUUGGCCAUUCCUUCGAUCUGGGACAUGCUGUGCAUCUAUUCACCUUGGAUGUCAUUUGCGGUGAGUCAGAGACGAUUCCAUAGGAUUCUAGACACCAUACUAAGAUAUAAUA